CAGCUGAAGUCACUCCCUCUAAUGUUCACAGGAAGUGAAAUGUGGAAACGCAACUCAAGACCAAAGAAAGACUGAACAUCUGGACUGUUUGGCUCAUUUGGAGCUGCUGCUGCUGCUAAAACAGGUUUGUUCCAGUCCAGGAUCGUGGAUCGUGGAUCAUGGCUGUUCUCGGGACUGUUUUCCCUGUGGUCCUGUGUCUCCUGAUGACUCACCACACAUUCGCCAAGAAUGACGCUCCAUGCCAAGUUUCCAAGUGGAACAACGGCUUCAACACGUUCAAGUCCCGCCACAUCCGCGCAGGAACCCCGUCCACUACCGAUCAGAAUGAAUGGGAGAAGUACAUCAGGACCCACGGGGGCUGUGACAGACCCACGCAGUCCUUCCUCCAUCCGAGCGACCUGGACAAGGUGAAGGCCGUGUGUUCUAACAGAGGAGGGAAGAUCUACAAGGAGAACCUGUGCAUCAGUGACCAGCCUUUCUCCUUCGUCACCGUGAGGAGCGAACCCGGGACCUGUGGGAUCAGAAGCAUCCGACAGGAAACCAAACACCUGAUCCUGGCCUGUGAGGUCCUGGACAACCAGUGCCUCCCGGUCCACUUUGAGGGAAACCCAGGAGAUGACAAACCUAGUAACAAUGCCAGAGGAUGCCAGGAUCCACGGAGGAGUGACGCUUCAAGCCUCAAGACCACGCUUCUCUGGUUGUUGUGUGUCCCUCUGGUUUUUAUUAUUUAUUGGCACUGACUUGACUAGAUUAGAAACAAUCAGACAUUUUAUUUGUAAUAUUUUGACUGACUUUGAACAAAGCCAUUGAAAAACAGUAUUUUUUUUUAUUAUGAUUGACUGAGCAUGUUUGAGGAAAUUUUAAUCUUACAAAUAUUUUUGUUAAAGAAGUUUGAACUUUUAUACUUGUUCAUACAAAUUAAAAAUUGCAAUUUGGCUCCGAAGACAGAGAUGUAACUCUGAACUAAAAUGAUGUUCUCUCCUGUGU